AUUUGUGCGUGUGUUUUUUUUUUUUGACUGAGGAGCGCCUCCCGGUGGCCAAACCAUGCAGGUGCAGGAUCUGAUUUGGCAGUUCCGGAUACCGGAAUUGGGUGACUUCAGGCACUAUGUGCGUAGUUUGCCCACCAACACGCUCAUGGGCAUGGGUGCUUUUGCCGCCAUCACCACCUACUGGCUCGCCACCAGACCCCGAGCCCUGAAGCCCCCCUGCGAUCUCACCAUGCAGUCUGUGGAGGUGGAGGACGAGGAAUACGCUCGGCGCUCCAUCCUCCUGGACAGCAACAGGUUGAUGACUCACUUCUAUGACGAUGCCCGGACCAUGUACGAGGUGUUUCUCCGUGGAAUCAGGGUGUCCAAUAAUGGUCCUUGUUUAGGAUCGAGGAAACCUAAGCAGCCAUACGAAUGGCUCUCGUACCAAGAGGUUGCAGACCGAGCCGAGAUGAUUGGCUCAGCAUUGCUCCACAGAGGUCACAGUAAAGCUGGAGACAAAUGCAUCGGUAUCUUCUCCCAGAACAGACCCGAGUGGACUGUAUCUGAGCUGGCCUGCUAUACCUACUCACUGGUGGCUGUUCCACUGUAUGACACACUGGGCACAGAGGCCAUCAGCUACAUUAUAGACAAAGCCGAGAUCUCGACGGUGAUCUGUGAUGUGGCGGACAGGGUCCACACGCUGCUGGAGUGUGUGUCCGGGCGAGAACACAGCGUCAGGACCAUUGUACUGAUAGAGGACAAGAACAGUGAGCUCACUUCACAAGCAGAAAAGGAGGGAGUCCAGAUCAUCAGUCUGAGGGAUUUAGAGGCUCUGGGCAAAGCCCAUCACAGAUGUCCUAUGCCUCCUACACCUGAAGACCUCGCACUGAUCUGCUUCACCAGUGGAACCACAGGGAACCCCAAGGGCGCAAUGCUCACACACAGCAACGUGAUCUCCAACUGCGCUGCCUUCAUCCGCAUCACCCAGAUACACUGCAUGCUCAACCACACCGAUAUCCACAUAUCUUACCUUCCCCUCGCUCACAUGUUCGAGAGGGUGGUAGAGAGUGUGAUCCUGGUGCACGGAGCCAAGAUUGGUUACUUUCAGGGUGACAUCCGUACGCUGAUGGAUGAUCUGAAGACCCUCAAACCCACUGUGUUCCCCGUCGUACCCCGACUCCUCAAUCGCAUGUUUGAUAAGAUCUUCGGGCAGGCAAACACUCCACUUAAGCGCUGGCUGCUCGACUUCGCCACCAGGAGGAAAGAGUCGGAGUUGCGCAGUGGCGUGGUGAGGAAGGACAGCAUGUGGGACAAACUCAUCUUCAACAAAGUCCAGGUGAGUUUGGGUGGGCGUGUGAGGCUGAUGAUCACCGGUGCUGCUCCCGUAUCCCCCACCGUGCUGACGUUCCUGCGGGCUGCACUCGGCUGCCAGUUUUAUGAAGGUUACGGACAGACAGAAUGCACUGCAGGAUGCACCAUGUCCCUGCCAGGAGACUGGACAGCAGGUCACGUGGGUCCUCCUUUACCCUGUAAUUAUGUUAAACUGAUGGAUGUGGAAGAGAUGAGCUACUUUGCCGCUAAUGGAGAGGGGGAGGUGUGCGUGAAAGGACCGAACGUGUUCCAGGGCUACCUGAAGGAUCCGGAGAAGACCGCUGAGGCCAUCGAUAAGGACGGCUGGUUGCACACGGGCGAUAUUGGCAAAUGGCUUCCGAACGGCACUCUGAAGAUUGUAGACAGGAAGAAGCACAUCUUUAAGAUGGCGCAAGGAGAAUAUAUUGCUCCCGAGAGGAUCGAGAACAUCUACAUCCACAGCGACCCCGUGGCUCAGAUCUUCGUUCAUGGAGACAGUCUGCAGGCAUGUUUAGUCGGCAUUGUGGUACCAGACCCUGACUUUCUUCCAGGAUGGGCCAAGAAAAGAGGUGUUGUGGGUUCCUACCUCGAGCUGUGCAGGAGAAAGGAAGUGAAAAACGCCAUAUUAGAAGACCUUGUGCGGUUGGGGAAGGAGGGCGGUCUCAAGUCCUUUGAGCAGGUGAGAGACAUCGUCCUCAUCCCUGAGAUGUUCUCGGUGCAGAACGGCCUCCUCACACCCACCCUGAAGGCCAAGAGAACCGAGCUGAGGAACCGAUUUCAAGAGCAAAUCAAUCAGCUCUACUCCAAGAUCAAGAUGUAAGCUGAGACUGAGGGAGAAGAAGAAGACACGGGUGGAGAACUAUGUAGAGAUGAGCUCUCUGCAAAGUGCAGUUCUGAUGAUGUCCACUAGGUUAUUUAAUUUUAUUCUUUUGCCUAAAUGUGUUUAGGCAUCUAAUGUGAUUUUAUUUAAUGCCUUCAGGCCAGUAAAUGCCUUCCACAGGAACAGUUUUUGAAGAAAAAGCUGAUUAUCAAAGAUGUUUCACCUCCAGUACAACACAACAAGUGUUUAAGGUUAACUUUUAUCCAAACUGUUUCCUGAAAUAGCCUUCAUAUUAAUAUUAAUAUUCAAAUCAAAUGGUCAAACUGCAAAGUAAAAAAUUUACAGUUCAUAUACAUCUGCUGCUGACCAGCAGGGUUUCCUUUCUUACAUUUUUGAAUAUUGUUUUAAACUCAUUGGUUGUUUUCCAGCUUCAGUACCUUCUCGGACGUUCUCACGUAUCGGUUUCUCUGUGCCAUGUGCAUUCGUAUGCCAUUUAUUUUCUGUUUAGUGCCAAAGAUGUGGCAUCGUACUAAAUGCCAAGGUGACGGAUUUGAUUACAUUAUCGCCAUCGUUUAUAGCUUGAUUUUAUACGACACAUUCUGUUUUUCCUUUUAAACGAGUCGUCAUGCUGGUAAAGGAAAAUGUUUGAUGUUUGUAAGUCAGGGAGUUUUUUUUUUUUUCCUUCCUAUGACAUCAUGCCCUUAGUGUUUAUUCUAAUUAUUAUUUCUGUUGUACCACAAAACAUUUAUUUAAUAAAUUAAUGCAGCAUAAUUUUAAUCCAAUUGUAACUAUAUUUGAUGUUGGCUGUGAAACUUGCCUAUUCUCACUUCUGUUCUAGCAGCUGUAAACAUCCUGAGCCUUAACAGAAACAAGAAGCAGCAUGUUGUUUUACAGAGAAACCACAAAAAUCAUAAACUCUUGAAGACCCCUUGGAUGGCUUUAAUAUGCUAAUGCAGAACGCCAGGGGCUCGUUCUUUGUGCAUGGCUAACUACGUUCGAGACGCAUCCAAGAUGAUCUUAUUGCGGUAAUGAUGGUCUUCCUAGUUUGGUUCUUUAAAACACAGAUAAAUAUGUAUACAUUUACACAUGAUAUUAGAAUGCUGUGAUUGGCUGGUACAAUGGCUGAUGCAUUGUUAUUGUUAGAAGUUUAUGAAUAAUUUAUAUUCAGUAGAUUUUAUUUUAUUUUAAAAAGAAUUUAUGUCACAGGACCCAAAGGACAGAACUAGGGAACAUGUAAUCAAAAAAAUUUUCAGUUUAGGUCCUUUUUUUUUUUUUUUUUUAAACCUUCUUUACUAUACUUUUUAAUAUGAGGGUCAAAAAAAAAAAACAAAUGUAGUAAAUGAUUCCCUCAGGAAAAAAAUUAUCUUUUUCCAAAAGUGGAAUCCAGCCUAUCAGUUGGGAAAACUCUAUUACUCUUGCAACUGGUCGCUCUGGUAAAAAGAAAAACAAAAAAAAUGUCAGGACAUGGCUGCGACAGGCUUCCCGUAUCCAAUUUACCUUAUAGGCCUGUUGCUAUGACGAUGACUCCAGGAUGAGCUUUGAAGUACCAAACUAUCCCAGAUCAUGUCGAAUCUUCAACAGUGAAAUCCAGCUAAUCAAGUAAUCCAUGUACCAGGACCAGACCCCUGGCGUACAGGUCCCUGUAAAUGAGCCAUUACUAUGGAAACCUGUUAGAACAAGAGCUGAACUGCUGUCCAAGGUGCAGCUUUGGAAAAAUUAAUUCUCGGUAACCUCUAAAAGCUGAACUCGCUGUGGUAUUUAAACCCCAUUCAAAACAAUGCGACGGAUAUCAAAUUUUUUUUAACGCAUUUUAAAUUAAAUAUGUGAAGAAUACUGUUCAAAAAAAUGCACUUCAGUAAUGUUGCACCCAAACCACUGCCACUCUUAUGGACAAGAUUCUGUACAGAUAUAUUUAUGAUUCAAAUCGAUAUAUUUUGUGUAUAAUUGUUUGCAGUAUCGAAUUGUUUGUUUGUGUGGGUGAAAAUAAACACAUGCAGCCGA